UCUUCUGCCCGACUCCCUCAGGAUAUUUUUAGCGCUGAUGAUGUGCCCUGUCAAAUCGCGUAACGGAAACAACCUCAGAGCUGCAGAAACAGAGCUGCCGCGGAGAGAGAGAGACGCUCUGCCCCCCGUUUGAUCGCGUCCUGCAGGAGAGAAACCCGCCGCAGGAGGAGAAGAUGAGAUUUGAAAUCCAGUUGGUGUUGUGCGUCUCGGUGGUUCUUAGCGGCGCGUCGCAGACGAGAGGUCAGAGCCAUGAUCCGCCGGCCGUCUUCACCCCUCCCGGCCUCCUGAGUCACACCGAAGCCUCGGCAUCUCCUGACCCGGCAGAGGAUCCUGGGAACGAGGCACCACAGCGGACACGUAAUCCUGCGGGCGGCGAUGAAACCUCACAUGAAACCACCACUCUGGGACGGACGGAGGGCUCGGCCCGCUCAGAGGCUGCGACAACUGCAGCUCUUCAAACCGACACGUUGACCUCGACCCCGGCUGCACCGACGUCUCCAGCCGAACCCACCGCUCACCUCAGCACUGCAGCUGCUGCAGACAGCCUUUCAUCCACGCCAACGGCCCUGAGCGCCGCCUCUCUGCAGGACGCCUCGACCCCAGAGGGCAGGACGCCCCUGACCAGCGAUUCCCUCACCGCCUUUUCAUCUCAGCUGGCGCACACGGUGAAGGAUGCGAGCUCCGCGGCCCCCACCUCCGCCACUGAAUCCCUGACCACAGCUAACCCUGAGACCUCAGCUCCCGGUCGGGCUCCCGAUGGGCCGACACACCAGGAGGUCCCAUCUGAGCUUAAUGUGGGAGAUGAAGACCUCAAGAGGUCCCACUACCGCUCCAGCUCUCCUCUGGACCCCCUGCUGGCUGGUUUGCUGUCGGUGUUUAUCGUCACCACUGCCAUCGUCUUCGUCAUUCUCUUCCUCAAGUUCCGCCAGCGGACAAACCACCCAGAGUUCCAUCGACUGCAGGAUCUACCGAUGGAUGAUUUGAUGGAGGACACGCCACUCUCCAGGUAUUCCUACUGAUGGAAGCUUCUUCCCUGUCAGUCACCGCUCAGAGAACAGAAGCAAACCAAACACCAAAGGAAGACCACUUUGGAUGUAAGAGAAACCUUUGCCUGGAAGCAGCUGCAUCUCUUCUGAUCAGUUUCCUCUUGUAACUGAGAAUUUAGAUUUAAAAAAAGAAAAAUGUUUA